AUGACAAGCCGGUCGCGAGACAACGAGUGCUAUGACUAUGUUAUCGUUGGAGCGGGUCCAUCGGCAAUGGGGCUAUUGUAUGGACUUUUGGUUGAUCAUUUGCCUCCAUUUUCCAUUUGCAUUGUGGAUCAGGGUGACGAUUCACACGACGACACGACAGGAGAUCCCAAGGAUUGGUAUGCAGCAUCGCACAUUCGAUCUUCGAAGAGCGUUUACCAGAUAUUUUCCACCAUUACUAAUCGGGUGGUGGAUCUACCCAUCGGAAAAGGCCUUGGUGGCACUUCAAACAUCAAUGCAACCUUGUGCAUGCCUCCUCUGGCAAGUGACUUGGAGUCUUGGCCCAGUCCUUGGAAAGAGAACUUACUUAUUCAUGUACAAGAGAUCCAAUCUGUACUGAAGAACAAUGAAGUACUACAAGGAGCCCAUGGCUCAUGCAGUAAUCCAUCAUCAUUUCCGUUCAAGGAAAAGUCAUCUCUGGACAUCAUGACAGGCGUCCCAACACUAGCCACAAAGAGCGAUGGUGGUACAUCAUCAAAGUUUGAGUAUGUACGGAGAAACUACUUUGAUGGACUCGUAGAACCUUUGCUGAAGAAUAAUCCACAUUUGAAAGACUCGGUUGUAUUCCUUCUCGGAUCCCAAGUUCAGAGGAUAAUCAUGGACGAAUCAAAUGCGGCUGCCAAGGGUCUAGUCUACAGUUCCAGAAACGGCGAGCUGUGUACUAUUCAUGCUCGCAAAGAAGUCAUUGUUUGUGCUGGAGCCAUUGAAAGCCCCAUACUCUUGCAACUAAGUGGAGUGACUCUAGGAGGUCAGGUCGGGCUGCAUCUGAAGGAUCAAGUCUUGAUCCCAAGGGUAUUCUUUGCUACAAGCAUGGAAUACACUAAAUGCAAGACAGUGAACGGUAUACGCGCUUUGGGUCACUGGAGGGAAGGACGAGACGUAUUACAAGUGGCCAUCUUGGACACUUCCACAAUUCAGUCCAUAGUUCCGACUACAGUUGCAAUGGCAGUGCGGCGAAAUUGCAAUGGCUUUUUGUUCUCCCAAACAUGGAAAAGAGUGUUUGAAUUUAUCUACCUGGUCUUCAAAGGGUUGGUCUCUUGGACGCUUUGGUGCAUGCCCGUGCAACGCUUGGUUGAAUCCUACACUGUCACAACGCUGGUCUUUCUCAUGCAUCCUGUUUCAGAAGGAUCCGUUCGGAUACGACCUAGAGACAAUCGAGAGUCGCAGGACGAGCUGAUGAGACGUGAUGUGGACAUUACCGUCAAUGUCAACUAUCUCCAAGACCAAAAGGAUAUCGAGACUUUGAGAAGGUGCUGGAAUUCCACAUGCCAAGACGGUAGAGCCACUGAGAUAUUUCCCCGCUGGAUGUUUCAACCUGUAGCUCAGAUAUUCUUCAGCUGGAAUUGGUUCCAAGGCUUUUGCCGACUCUUUUCGCAGCCCUACUACCACUUUUGCUGCAGUUGCCGAAUGAAGACGACGGGCAGAGAUAAUUGGGUCGUGGACUCGAGUUUGACCGUUUGCAACCACUCGAGGCUUCGUGUCUGCGACGCUUCUGUCUUUCCACACACCGUAUCCAACCCUCCCGCCUUGACAUGUGCCGCUUUGGGAUAUGGCCUCGCAAAAAUUUUGGUAGCAACAGUAGAGAAAGAUAAGGUAUGCAGCAAAUGA